AUGCCCGAGCAACUCCGCAUAGGCUUCGUGCCUGAACACUUCUCCACCCCCCUCCACUUCGCCUCUACCCACCACGCCCUCCCCGCUUCCUUACUGCCGUUUCCCUCUGGCACCGGCCACAUGGUGCAAGCGCUGCAAGCCGGCGAGAUCGACAUCGGCGUCGGCCUGACCGAGGGCUGGGUCGCGGCGCUCGGGAAAGCGCAGAGCGCUCAGCAAGACGCGGGAUUCAAGGUCGUGGGGACAUACGUCGAGACGCCGCUCUGCUGGGCGAUAAGCACGGGUGCGGAGAGGGAGAUUAAUGGGGUGGAGGGGCUGCGGGGGAAGAAGAUGGGGGUCAGUCGGGUUGGGAGUGGGUCGUACGUCAUGGGUUUCGUGCUCGCGGACCAACAAGGCUGGCUUGGGUCUGGAAACAGAGGGGAAGCGCCGUUUGAGGUUGUGCCUCUGAAUACGUUUGCGCAACUCCGCGCGGGUGUUAACGAUGGCGCGGCGGACUUCUUCAUGUGGGAGCAUUUCACGUCGAAGCGGUACUAUGAUAAUGGGGAGAUUAGGCGGAUUGGGGAGAUCUAUACGCCGUGGAGCUCGUGGAAGAUUGUUGCCGCUGAUAAGCUACUUUCGCCGUCGUCGCCUUCGAAGGUUACGUCGGAGCUUGCAGCGGUGUUGGAGUCGAUUAAUAAGGGUGUCAGGCACUUUGAGUCGAAUCAAGAGGAGGCGGUCGAGUAUAUCUAUACGAAUCUGGAUUACUCGGAGGAGGAUGCGAGGGAGUGGCUUAAGACGGUGCGGUUUGCGCAAGAUGUUAGGGGGGUGGAUAAGAGUGUGUUGGAGAAGACGGUGGAGGUGUUGGGGAAAGCGGGCGUGCUGGAGAAGGAGGUUACAGCGGGAGAUAUGGCGGGGAUGCUGAGGAGUGAGGCUGUGAAAUGGAUAUGA